CGUAGGCUUCCCAUGAACAAUGAAGUAGUACGAGAAGCAUUAAUGUAAACAAUAGUAUAUCUGAUUUGAAGAAUAUAUUUUAUUUGAUUGAUACCACUCCCUUGUAUCCGGUGGCAUGCUGCGCGCGUGCGGCCGCGCGAGACACGCCCUGUCGCUCGGCCCCGGAGCGCGCCGGAGCUCGAGCGUCCCGGACUGCGACGCCCCGCUCGAUCACGACACCAUCACUCUGUUGCAGCGCCUGUCGCUGGUCGACUUGGGCAGUAGGAAAGUGGUGGACGCGCUCCGAGAGGCGGUCAGGUUCGCUAGCGUCAUCACGACGGUCGACACCUCCGGGGUGCAGCCCAUGGUGUCUGUUCUGGACGACAGGACGCUGCGUCUGCGCCGGGACGCGGUGACGGACGGCGACCGCCGAGACCAGGUGCUGGCCAGCGCCAGCGUCACGGAGGAGGAGUACCUGGUCGCUCCCCCCGGGAACGUGCCCCUGGCCCCCCGGGGCGUGCCGGGGCAGUAG